CAAAAAACUAUUCCAAAUACUCCUUUGUUGGCAGAAGAUUUUGAUAAUUCUAAUGAAACUGAGCUUAAUAAAAAUCAAAAUAUAGAACUCAAUUUAAUCCAAGAUUUACAGAAUUGUAUACUUAUUGCUUUACCUGAUCUCAUAGAAAUAUCUUUCAAAAAUAUCGUGG